AUGUCCUACACCACUCCCCUCUGGCGCGUCAAUGACAAUAUAAUCGAACACCUGCGGUCCCGGAUCCUGCUGCAAUCGCAUCGACCAUCUUCGACACAAAUCACUAUAAAUCAUCGAGACACAGGCCUCCGUCUUCGUUGUCCUGAUCGCCAGAAUGAGACGAGUGGGCAUGAGAUUCAAGUUGAAUUUGACUGUAGUUGGGGGGCGGGUGCGACUGUCGCGCUCCACGGGCACAACUGGUGGUGCAAUAAGCCAGAACGGCUGUUCGUAACGCGAAAGUGCGCCAAGGCAUUCCGGUGGAUGCCCCAUCGCCCUAAGCUACUGGUGCUCGAGGGCGACGUCGUCAUCCAAUAUACCAAAGAUAAACAUGAGCGAAGUGACGCUGUGAUGCCAUCCUAUGAUGUCAUCAGAGAGUUGGCGGAGGGAGCAGCAUAUGACCGAGACCGCGCGCGCAUUCUCCAUCGAUACUACCCGGGUCUUUCUGUGCGAGCGAAUGCCGUGCUGGAAUUCGGGGAUAGCGAGGACUGCCUCCGCUUUACGCGCUGUCUCUCUGGCGGAUGGUGUCACGAAUAUUUGUGA